AAUCAAUUGAUUUUUAAUUUACUAUUUGUUCUCCAUUUUAAUUUGAUAAACUAUUCCUGUUUUCAUCCUCAGCUGCUCAGAUCAAAUGCUUCCAUAUAAAGAACCCUAAACCGUACUAAAUCCCUAAAUUAUACUCUUCUGAAUCUGAUCCAAUCCUACAUUGAUUCUCUUCCCUUUCUCUCGUCUACGUCGCCACCGCCUCGCCUGCGUCGUCUUGUCGGUCUAGUCCUCCACGGGCUUGUCCAAGGAAGAUGGGUAACAUACACUAAACCCUAGGGUGCAGGAGUAGGAUGUAUACCUGAUCGAGACCUUUUUGACUCACGAGGAGUUCUUGUAACGGAAAAACAUUUGAAAAUGCUACAAAGUAUUCCCCACCAGAUUGUGCAGUCCCCAGCCCGGUUAGGCCUGCCAAACCCCAACUCUCCGUCUCUUCAGAACCCUAACCCACCUAAAUUCUCGUCUCAAAACUCACAAACUCAACAGUCCCACCAACCACUGAAUCAGUUAACGACUCCUGGCGUAUCAUCAACUCUGCUCCCUCUCUUACCACCUCUCCCCAGAGCUCAAUCUCUUCUCCUUCAAAUGGCAUCUCUUGCUUCUAAACUGUUUGAAGUCUCACCCAAUCGCCCACAUUGGAUUAGUGCAUUUCGAGGUUCUCUGCCUUCUUUCCUUUCUCCACAAGCACAGUCCUCAACACCUGCCCAGGCAGACUCUGUUCCCUCAUCUGCCAAAGAAAUCAUUGCCCAAUUCACAACCCUUCAGACUCAGCUCUUUGAAGCCGUUGCUGAACUCCAGGAGAUACUUGAUCUUCAAGAUGCUAAACAGAAGCUCACCCGUGACAUCAGGUCCAAAGAUGCUUCUCUUCUUGCAUUUGCCAACAAACUUAAGGACACCGAACAUGUUCUUGACAUGCUUGUUGAUGAUUAUUCUGACUACCGUCGCCCUAAAAGAACGAAGUCAGUGGAUGAUGCAGACGAUUUCUCCAAAACUACAGUUGAGACUCAGCUCAAACUAUCAGAUAUACUCUCCUAUGCACAUAAAAUUAGCUACACUACCUUUGCACCUCCAGAAUUCGGUGCUGGGCAAGGUCCUCUCCGUGGAGCACUCCCUCCUGCGCCACAAGAUGAGCAGAUGCGCGCAUCACAGUUAUAUAACUUCGCUGAUCUGGACAUUGGGUUGCCCAAAACAGAAGAAGGUAAAGAGAAAAUCAUCGAUGCACUCAUUGAAACCUCUGCUGCACCACCUGCGGAAAGCAACCCACUGGCAAGCUUAUCAGCAAUCCAAGGAUUGAACCCUUCUACUCUAGUUGCGCCACCGGGAUGGAAACCUGGUAUGCCUGUGGAAUUGCCUAUUGAUCUAUCAGUGCUACCUCCUCCACCUCCCGGGUGGAAGCCUGGUGACCCGUUGCCCCCACUGGAUGCUCUCCCUCUUCCACCAAGAGUCGAGGAACAGCCGAGGCCUGGCCCUCCUCCUGGUCUGGUGAAAGCUCCGGAGCCUAUUCAGGUACGGCACGUGCAGCUUGAUAUUGAAGAUGACAGUGGUGAAGAUUUUAGCAGCGAUGACGCCAGCUCUGGUAGUGAAGAUUGAUGGUUGAUGUUUGCGUCAUUUAUGCUCCAAGCUUUAGAUGGUUCAGUCUUAUCCAUUUUUUUAUCAGUUGCUCAGGAGUGUGGUUAAUUGUACUCUUGUACCUGUACCACUUUGUUGUGGAUUCAGUGUUUAUUGCUCAGAUGUUUGAUGAAGUUUGAGGUGAUAAGUCAUUUUAGUGAAAUUUACUCCAGUUAGAUUGCAAUCAGGCAGGGAAACUAAACACUAUUAGUAACAUACAAUAGUUGAUGGAGAUGCAUUCCAUGGAAAUUGUUUCUUAUACUUUAUCUACUUUUUCUUCCCGGUCUUACUUUAGUAGGACAAGUUAUUGUUAGUAAGAUUACCUUUGACAAGCUUA